AUGACUUUCCAUGUGGAAGGACUGGUAGCUAUCAUCGUGUUCUACCUUCUAAUAUUGCUGGUUGGAAUAUGGGCAGCCUGGAGAACCAAAAACAGUGGCAGCUCAGAAGAGCGCAGCGAGGCCAUCAUAGUUGGUGGCCGAGACAUUGGUCUGCUGGUGGGUGGAUUUACCAUGACAGCCACCUGGGUCGGAGGAGGUUACAUCAACGGGACAGCUGAAGCAGUGUAUGUACCAGAUUAUGGUCUAGCUUGGGCUCAGGCACCAAUUGGAUAUUCUCUUAGUCUGAUUUUAGGUGGUUUGUUCUUUGCAAAGCCUAUGCGUUCCAAGGGAUAUGUGACCAUGUUAGACCCGUUUCAGCAGAUCUAUGGAAAACGCAUGGGUGGGCUCCUAUUUAUUCCUGCGCUAAUGGGAGAAAUGUUUUGGGCUGCUGCCAUUUUCUCUGCCUUAGGAGCCACCAUCAGCGUGAUCAUUAACGUCAACGUGCAAGCUUCUGUCAUUGUCUCGGCACUGAUCGCCACUCUGUACACGCUGGUGGGUGGUCUCUAUUCCGUGGCCUACACCGAUGUUGUUCAGCUUUUUUGCAUCUUCAUAGGCCUGUGGAUCAGCGUCCCUUUUGCCCUGUCACAUUCUGCAGUUACUGACAUUGGCUACACUGCUAUGCAUACCAAGUAUCAAAAGCCUUGGCUGGGGACCAUUGAAUCAUUUGAAGUCUACACUUGGCUUGAUAGUUUUCUGCUGUUGAUGCUGGGUGGAAUCCCAUGGCAAGCCUACUUCCAGAGGGUCCUCUCUUCAUCCUCAGCCACUUAUGCUCAGGUGCUGUCUUUCCUGGCAGCUUUUGGAUGCCUGGUGAUGGCUCUACCAGCCAUACUCAUUGGGGCCAUUGGAGCAUCAACAGACUGGAACCAGACUUCAUAUGGGCCUCUAGAUCCCAAAGACAACAAUGAAGCGGACAUGAUUUUACCAAUUGUUCUGAAGUACCUUUGCCCUGUGUACAUUUCUUUCUUUGGUCUUGGUGCAGUUUCUGCUGCUGUUAUGUCCUCAGCAGAUUCUUCCAUCUUGUCAGCAAGUUCCAUGUUUGCCCGGAACAUCUACCAGCUUUCGUUCAGACAAAAUGCAUCAGACAAGGAAAUCAUCUGGGUCAUGCGAAUCACGGUGUUUGUGUUUGGAGCAUCCGCCACAGCCAUGGCCUUACUCACGAAGACCGUGUACGGGCUCUGGUACCUCAGCUCAGACCUCGUUUACAUCAUCAUCUUCCCCCAGCUGCUCUGUGUGCUCUUCGUCAAGGGAACCAACACGUACGGGGCUGUGGCGGGUUACGUGUCUGGCCUUUUCUUGAGAAUCACCGGUGGGGAGCCAUAUCUGUACCUUCAGCCCUUGAUCUUUUACCCUGGCUACUACUCUGAUAAGAACGGCAUAUACAAUCAGAGAUUCCCAUUUAAAACCCUCGCCAUGAUUACCUCGUUCUUAUCCAACAUUUGCAUCUCCUAUCUAGCCAAAUACCUAUUUGAAAGUGGAAGCUUGCCUCCCAAAUUAGAUGUGUUUGAUGCUGUUGUCGCAAGGCACAGUGAAGAAAACAUGGAUAAGACAAUUCUGGUCAAAAAUGAAAAUAUUAAAUUGGAUGAACUUGCCCCUGUGAAGCCCCGACAAAGCCUAACUCUCAGCUCCACGUUUACCAAUAAGGAGGCCUUCGUUGACAUUGACUCCAGCCCAGAGGGGUCUGGGACUGAAGAUAACGCGUAACAACCCCCAUUCAAAUUAAAUACUGCUUUCACAAACUGAGUACCACGGAAGGCUAGUCCGGGAGGGAUGGGUUGCUGCAUAUAAAAAAU